AUGUCGUCCAUUGCAAUCCACCAGAUCGCAGCCCGAUCCCAGACCGCCUUCUUCCACGCGCACUUCGGCCGCCGCUUCUGGGACCCCGACGGCGGGACAGAUGCAGGAUUGUUUGGUCGCGACAGCCUGAUUGAUUCGACCUUGUUUGAUUUCCAUCAUCCUCUUGAUUCCUCUUUUUUCCCUGACUUCUCAUCCAUACAUGUUUCUGAAGCUUCAGCACCAUUGCCCCAGGAGCAAUCACCAGGGUGGGCAGACUCCACCUCCAGCUUUCCCGCUUCCGACAACUUUCUUCCCAUUCCCUCUACAACCAUCAGCUCGACGUCCGCAACCCCUCCGGAUCCCGCACGGGAACAGGAGAGCGGCGAAUCAGAGGCGCUUCUGCGCAAGCGACGGACCAACCGCCUUGCCACACGCAAAUGUCGUCAGAAGAAGCUGGAUGAGCUCAAGCGGCUGGAGCGGGCGCUCGAGGACGUGAAACGGGAGAGAGAUGACUUGAAAUUGCGUCUCGUCGAACAAGAGGCGGAGGCCAAGGCGUUGAGACUCAUUCUGAACAUGAAGAAGUAA